GUACGAAAUAACACCCUGAUACCUAUGCCAACCCAUUAAACGGCAAAUCAGACAUAUUUUCGACUACAAACUAUCAUAUCACUCGCACAACCCCCAAAUCGCCUAUCAUGUGCUUCAAGACGUUUUGGGGCUACACUUGUGGCCACUGCAGCUUGCCCUGCAUUACAAAAUGCCCAACUACCGCCCAAAACGAGAACUUCCCCCCAUGUUCUAUUCCCGCCCUGCAAAACAUUCCCGCCAAUCAAUUCUGUCAUGCUUGCAUGCGUGUAAGUUGGAAUAUGAGCGUUAUCGCCGAAGAGAAUGCUCAUCGAGAGAGUCACGAGCGAGGAGAGUGUAACUGUGAGGUCAUAUUUGACAGGGCUGAGAGAGAGCGUCGGGAGAGAGAGAGGGGUGCUGAUUUGGAGGCUAGGGAUUUCAAGAGAGAGGGGGAUGAAAAUGCAAGAACUAGAAAUAGAGGACGAGGAAGAGGCAGAGAUGCCACUGAUGCCAACACUGCAGGUGCGGUCGAUAACACCGGCUAUAACAACAAUGGCGAAGGACGCGAGAGAAAAGGCACACAAGCGGAAGAAAUCGGAGGAAAUGCCGUUGUCAUGCAGGGAUCAAACAUGGAGGCUAUGAUGAGCACUACACCACCAGGAUAUCGCAGUCCUCAUCCCCGCGAUCCAGCCUCUUCUCAUCGAUACUUCCAUGUCGCUAACGUCCACAGAGGAGGUCCAUACGACAUGAAUCCAGUUACAGGCGUUGUACCUGCUCACCCCAUCGAUAACCCGCCAAUUAGGACAGGUUCAUCUCCUAUGUACGGAGAUAUGAUGAUCAUUCCCCCCGAUCCAAGAAUGUCAAACAUGGGUGUCUAUCCUCCAGGACAUCCCAUUCUAGCCAACCACAGAGUCGACACUCAUGCAUUUCACCCUUUUCAGAUGCCUCCACCCCCUUCUUCAGGUCCUCCUAGCUAUCAGAGUCCCAGUUUCGCUCCAUCUGCUUAUAGCGAUGGAGACGGUAGCACUAUCUACCCUGGAAACCAGUACUCUUGGAGUCCCAAUCCGGAGCCCAAUGCGCCAAUACCAAUGCCAAUACGCAUUUCUGAGAGAGCAUCAACUGGUGGCAUUGAUCCUCGAUCAUACGGUCAAACAGGUCCACCAAGCCAACCCAGAUUUCAACAUCAUCCUACUCAUGUGUUUUCGGAUCCAGCCAGCUAUCCAAUGAUCUAUCCGCAACACCAAGCCAUGAACAAUGAUGCUCAACGAGACACCUAUAACUACGCAGGCUACUACAUGGACCGUUCUCAUUUCAAUGCCAACACCGGUGCCAAUACUAGCACACACGUUUCACCCCAACCACGCGCCCAGGGUCCUGCUCCAGUCCCCAUGGCUGAACACCACACAAUGGGCGGUUUUACUCGUGCUCCCACAUUCUCCCCUCUUUCUCGUGGUAUUCCUGAAGCAAGAAUGGUAUGGCACGCUUCGGAUAAUAGUUUACCUUCACUCCCACCACAGGUUCCCUACCUAGGGGACUCGCCUUUGGCAGCUCCUGCUGCUCCAAGAUAUUUCAAUGAGGGUCAUCAUGGAGCUAGACGCAAUGGACGUCAUGGGAACGGCAAUACCCAACGCAACACUGUUCAAAGAGCCAGAACCAGUCAAUCUAUGGGACAGCUUCAAAUGCAGAUGACUACUACUACCGGUCCAGUUCAAAUUGAUUCUCAAGCGACACAAGCAACUACACAAGCAACUACUCAGGGACAAGCUCAAAUGCAUUCUCAAGAUACACCUGCUCCUAUGAAUAUUUCUCUGUUGCGUACGCCAAGAGUCAUCAGCAGCAUGCCACGACCAAACUCAACAAUGUAAAGGGAUCAAGCAAGAAAAAGGCAAAAAUUUCAAGUAAGUUUUCA